AUGUUCAGAGCGCUCAACAUCCACAGGGCAAUGGCGUCUGCUUUCAAGACAAGUGCAUCCUCCCUCAUAGCCCCAAGACUGGCGAUUGCCAACAACUUUAUUAAUCUGCAAUCGCAGACCUCGUUGCUGAAGCCUUCAUCGGUUUUGCAGCUAUCGCAGCAAAGAAACGCAACGUUAAACCAAAUCAGGAAAGGUAGGGGCUUGAUCACUAGGAAAAAGAGACCUACCAAGUCCCCCCAUUUGGAAAACUGUCCAAUCAAGAAAGGUGUGGUGCUCAGAGUCAUGAUUUUGAAACCUAAGAAGCCAAACUCUGCGCAGAGAAAGGCUGCGAGAGUUAGGCUAACGAACGGGGAGGUUGUGUCUGCUUACAUUCCCGGCAUUGGCCACAACUGCCAAGAACACUCGGUUGUUUAUGUGAGGGGUGGUAGAUCCCAAGAUUUACCUGGUGUUAAGUACCAUUUGGUGAGAGGUGCAAUGGAUUUAUCUGGUGUGGCCAACAGAGCCACUUCGAGGUCUAAAUAUGGUGCAAAAAAGCCCCAAUCUAAGGAAUGA